CAAUUAGCAAGUUAUAUUAGUAGAUGCGCCACAUUUAAACAUUAAACACCCAUAUAUUCAGAUACAUUUUUCAAGUCGCUCAGUUGUAAACAAAAUCAGAAAUGGAAGUCACUAUUAUCCAAACUGCGCUUGUAAUACUUUUAUUGGGCAAUAUCAACUUCGCCAAAGGAAAAGUUCUGUUAAGAGAAAAUGAAAUCGGUACUUUGGAAUAUACACGAAAUGACGGAAACAUUGAAGCCAAUAAGCUUGCAACUACAAGAGUUAAAAGACAAUUCAGCUAUCCUUAUGAUCCAUACGGGCGACAACGGCCUAUACCAAUUAUUAUAGGUGGUGGAGGCAUAGGAAUUGGUAGAUUUGGAAGAGGAGGAUUUGGUGGCUUUGGAAGUUGGGGACCUGGAGGUAGAGGUUUCGGAGGAAGAGGAUUCGGUGGAAGGGGCUUUGGAGGAAGGGGUUUCGGAGGACGAGGUAUUGGCGGAGGGAUAGGAGGCCGUGGCAUCGGAGGGUUUGGAAGUCGCGGAGGACGAGGGUGAUGUUAAGUUUUUAAUGUAUGUCAUCAAUAUUUAUUGUUAAAUUUUGUUUUUAUAUAUGGUAAUUAUAUUUUUAACUUUUAAGCAA